GCAGACCAACCUUGAGUACCUUCUGUACCUCGACCCCGACCGCCUCGUCUGGAGCUUCCGGCAGCAGGCUGGCAUUCCCACCAUCGGGGAGCACUAUGGCGGUUGGGAGGCGCCCGACAGCCAACUCCGAGGCCAUUUUGUAGGGCACUACUUGAGUGCAAGUGCACAUGUGGGCAAGCACGCACAACUACUCGCUCAAGGAGAAGAUGACGAGGGUGGUGGACAUCCUCUACCAAUGCCAAAAGAACAUGGGCAACGGGUACCUCUCAGCUUAUCCCGAGAAGAUGUUCGACAUGUACGAAGAGCUUUCCGAGGCCUGGUCACCUUAUUACACCAUCCACAAGAUUAUGCAAGGCCUUCUGGAUCAGUAUACAUUGGCUGGGAAUCAGAAAGGUCUUGAGAUGGUGGUGUGGAUGACUGAUUACUUCAGUGACCGUGUGAAGAAUCUGAUACAGAAGUACUCUAUCCAGAGGCACUGGGAAGCCAUGAAUGAGGAGACUGGUGGAUUCAAUGAUGUGAUGUAUCAGCUGUAUACUAUAACGAAAGACCAGAAGCACUUAACGAUGGCUCAUCUUCUUGACAAACCAUGCUUCCUCGAACCACUAGGCCUUCACGAUGAUGACAUAUCAGGGUUGCAUGUUAAUACUCAUGUUCCUGUCAUAAUCGGUGCGCAAAAGAGAUAUGAAGUUGUCGGCGACCAUCUUUACAAGGAGAUUGCAACAUUCUUCUUGGACGUUGUAAACUCUUCUCAUAUAUUUGCAACAGGAGGCACAUCUACCAUGGAACACUGGCAUGACCCAAAGCGAGUAGUAGAUGAGAUCAAAAUCAGCUCGAACGUGGAGACUUGCGCAACUUACAAUUUGCUUAAGGUCUCACGAAACCUAUUCAGGUGGACAAAGGAAGUCAAGUACGCUGACCACUAUGAAAGACUGCUCAUCAAUGGGAUCAUGGGCAACCAGAGGGGAACACAGCCUGGUGUCAUUAUCUAUUUCCUUCCCAUGGGCCCCGGACGAUCCAAGAGCAUCAGCGGCGCGCCCCCUUCUGGCCACCCCCCCAAGAUGCCAGGGGGAUGGGGUGGUCCAAAUGACACAUUCUGGUGCUGCUACGGAACAGGGAUAGAGUCAUUCUCCAAGUUAGGGGAUACCAUAUACUUCCUGGAGGAGGGUGAAACACCGACACUCUACAUAGUUCAGCACAUACCGAGCACUUUCGACUGGACAGCGGCAGGCCUUACUGUACAGCAGCAGGCCAAACCACUGUUCUCAACUGAUCCUUACUUCGAAGUUGCAAUCUCCAUUUCUGCAAAGGGAGAUGCCCAACCAGCAAAAGUGAUGGUGAGGAUCCCGUCAUGGACAUCCACAGUUGGUGCAGUGGCAACUCUGAAUGGCCAAAAACUCAACCUGACAUCUGCAGGUGAUUUCCUCACGUUGACCAAACUUUGGGGUGACGAUAUCUUGCUGCUCCAGUUUCCCAUUAACUUAAGAACCGAGGCAAUCAAAGAUUACCGGCCAGAGUAUGCAUCCAUCCAAGCAGUGCUGUUCGGACCGCACCUCCUCGCUGGUCUGACACACGGCAACCAGACCAUAACAUCCAGCGACCAGUCCAAUAAUGGUCUAAACCCUGGUGUCUGGGAAGUGGAUGCCACGAACGCCGCCUCCAUGGACGACUGGGUCGUCCCGGUCCCUCAGUCGCUCAACUCGCAGCUUGUCAGCCUGACGCAGCAGUCUGGCGGGCAGACCUUCGUCCUGUCCGUGUCCAUCAUCAACGGCACGCUGACUAUGAGCGAGAUGCCCGUCGCCGGUAGCGACGCUUGCGUGCACACCACGUUCCGGGUCUACGGCCCUGCUAACCUCGGUGACGGUGGCGUUCUUCGAGGGCAGGAAGUGAUCAUCGAACCGUUAGACAGGCCUGGCAUGGCGGUAACCAAUGACCUCAAUGUGAACCUGCAGCCAGGACCGGACACCCUCUUCAAUGCCGUGGCCGGUCUCCCCGGCUCGGUGUCCUUGGAGCUCAACACCAGGCCAGGGUGCUUCCUGAUGGCAUCCGACGCGAAGGCUGCUCAGGUCGGCGUAGGCUGCCGGAUGAGCAGCGGCGGUGACACGGCCGCCUUCCGCCACGCCGUGAGCUUCACCCAGGCGGCGCCACUCCGGCGGUACCAUCCGCUGAGCUUCGCGGCGAGGGGCACCCACAGAAACUUCCUGCUGGAGCCGCUGCAGAGCCUCCAGGACGAGUUCUACACCGUCUACUUCAACCUGGUCACCACCGACAGCUGAAAAAUGCUCUUUUGAUCCAUCCGCCGUGCACGUGGAACUGAUCGCUACAGACCACAACUUUCAGAGUGUCGCAGACCGACACAUGUGCUUGGGCCAUUACAGUACACAGUUACUGAGUGUACUGUUGUCUCUCGCCAUGAGCAAUAAUGUUAAGAACUAGAAAAGUAGCAUGUGUGAGUGUGAUGGUGUUGGGAAUUCUUGGGGUGGUUAAGAUCUUGAUCCAUACAUAUGCACCUUACAUUCAUGUGCCGCGUGACUAUAAAUGUCGUCCAAUUAGGUGCCGGCGUAUAUGCUGCUAUUAUUGUUGCUGUGGUACAAUCCUUGAUAGCAUAGUGCGAAAUGCGGUGUGGUCACAA